UGCUACUUUUACUGUGCAGCCACCUUUGACCCCAAAAUAAAGCUGAGGAAAGCUGCUUUGAACCAAUUUUGCCCAGAAAACUCGGCAUAUCUUGCUAAAUGCUCGCUGCCGCUCAUCUCCUUCGGUUUGUAACGGCUCCACUUGCCCGCCACAUCCACAUGUCUCGCCCAGCGAGCGCCAAAGUUGCUGUGGUCUUGUCAGGAUGUGGGGUAUACGAUGGCAGUGAGAUCCAUGAGGCGUCAGCAGUGAUGGUGCACCUGAGUCGGGGCGGGGCUGAUGUGGCCGUCUUCGCACCAGAUGUGGACCAGAUGCACGUCAUCGACCACACCAAGGGGCAGCCAGCCGAGGAGAAGAGGAAUGUCUUGGUUGAGUCAGCCAGGAUUGCCCGAGGGAAGAUUGCAGCCCUGUCUACGUUAGAUGUGGGCGGCCAUGACGCUGUCAUCCUCCCUGGAGGCUUUGGAGCUGCAAAGAACCUAUGCACCUUUGCUGUUGAUGGGCCUGACUGUAAAGUCAACCCUGAAGUGGAAAAAACUAUCAAGUCUUUUCAUGAUGCCAAGAAACCUAUUGGACUCUGCUGUAUUGCCCCAGUGUUGGCAGCAAAGCUGAUCCCUGGCUGUUCUGUAACUGUGGGAAAUGACCAGGAGGAAGGGGGGAGGUGGCCGUAUGCUGGAACAGCUGGAGCUGUUGGAAAGAUGGGAGCUACCCACAUCAGGAGAGAUGUCAAUGCAAGCAAAGACUCCAGAAAGAGUCACUCCAGUCUAAAUGAGGAUGAAGAGGCGAUAGCUAACGAGAAGGAAGGAUCCCUGGCAUGGAAAGUUCUGCACAUCUCUCAAGUCAGGACCCUGCUGGAACUGAACGUAGACCAGGUGCAUUUGAAAAUGGCAGACCUGUUGAACCUGAAGGACCAUGCAGUCAACCUCCAGGAGGCAGCUGUGCUGGAUUACUACGUCGCUGGUUUCUGGUGGGCCAAGGAGCAGAGCUUCACACUCCAACAGAUCUCAGGUUUCAUCACAGCCCUCAGCAUCUUACUGGAGAACAUCAGAGAAAAGCAGAUGUCCCUUGUGGACAACCUUAAGGAGCUUAAGAAGAUGUUGGUUGGGAUUGGACAGGAGAACCCAGAGGUGACUGGAGGUCUGGAUUUCUUCAACACAGACCAGGCCAAACUACUGACUAACUACAUCACAGAGAGCCUGUUCCACCACUACAAGUUGUACCAGUACAUGUUCUCUCUGGAGCAGGAUGAGAUGGUGAUCGGUACUGAGCUGUCCGUCGAGGUGGCCCCCCCUGCAGACAUCCCGUUCCCACCCCCCCUGGAUGAGGGGAUGCGAGAGGCCGUGUACCUGGAACAUGUCGCACCCCCUCCACCUCCACCGGAGAAGGAGGAGGAGAAGGAGGCUCCCUCAGGUGAGGAAGAAAAGGUGUUUACUGAGGAGGAGGUGGAAGACAUCUUGGAAGGAGUCACUACAGAUGAACUCAAGGAGGUCAUCAGUUCUGUCGUGAACGAGAUGCUAGGUUCACUGUCAGCAGAUGUAGGAGCAAAAUUAAAGGAGAGGGAAGCGCAGUACUUAGCAAAAAUAAGCAAGAUGCAAAAAAUCGCUGAGUAACUUGUAAAUAGAUUUGCAACAUAUGUACAUACUUUUUAAGAUGUUUAUAUACUGUCUCAGUACAUGGUCAUAUAUUGUUUAUGGCAGUUUAUAUUAUGUGUAUGUGAUGACUUAAUAACAUGACCAGUGUAUAUCUUGCAAUAUGUGAUUCAACAGAUUUGGUGAAUAUUUUUGUAUUUUAAACAAUUAUGUUUUGUGAUUUUGAAUUCUUUGAAAAGUUAUUGUUUUAGAUAUUGCUCUCAAGUCUUAUGAUUAUACUUUACACAUUUCUGAUUACAUGUUUAAUUGACUCUUUCAAAAUUGAAACCAAGCAGUUAAUUUAAUUUGUCUCUCACCCACAAUAUGUGUUGUGAAUGUGCUCUUUAUAUUCAAUCCAUUCUGAAACAUUUUGUAUUCAUUCGUUUUAUGAGGUAAUUACAUUUAGAUGUUUUCUUCUGCUGUAUUUCUUCAUUUAAAAUUGUACUUAGUAGUUUGUGCACAGUAUAGGGUCAAUAUUACCUAAAGUGCUUUGACGUUUGAAGACUUGUAUAACAUGACUGUACAACUGUUUACAAUUUUCUGUAAAUACCACUGACUUAUUUGCAAGCCAAAAGGUCAUUAAGUCAAAUAUAGACCCCAAAACCUAAUAACAGAACACAAAAAUACCCACA